AUGUCGAUAAAACUUCCUACUUUUGACAUUUCACAGCCCUUUAGCUCGUCCUCCCUCUCUUCUCUUUCUGAAGCCUGCAGAGAAUGGGGCUUUUUUCACGUAACUAAUCAUGGAAUUCCCAACGACUUGUGCAGGAUAAUGUAUUCUGUUUCUAGCCAGAUUUUCAACCUGCCGCCGGAGGUGAAAAACAAAGCUGGUCCUCUGUCUACUAUAAAUACAUAUACUCCUCAUUUCAUUGCGUCGCCCUUUUUCGAGAGUUUACGUGUAUCCGGUCCCGACUUUUUCGGUUCUGCACAUAGUUCUUCCCGAGUCCUCAUGGAUCAAUCAGAUGGCGAAUUCAGUGAAAUAGUACAAGAAUAUGGAAACAGAAUGACACACUUGUCAAAAACUAUCCUCAAAGCCAUAAUCGAGUCCUUGGGACUCAAUUUUGAUACAAAAUACUUGGCAGAAUUCAAUAAUUGCCACGGCUAUAUGCGGAUAAACCACUACUCUCUCCCCGGAUCGAGUGAUGGUCAAGAAAUUGAAGGGCUUGGCAUGCACACAGAUAUGAGCUGCAUAACCGUAGUCUGGCAAGAUGAAAUUGGCGGGCUCCAGGUGAGGUCUAAGGAAGGGCAGUGGAUGGAAAUUAGUGCCAAAGAAAAUGCGCUUGUGGUGAAUAUUGGCGAUUUAUUACAGGCUUGGAGUAAUGAUAAGUUGAGGUCCUCCGAGCACAGAGUUGUCCUGAGAAAAAACGUGAACCGAUUAUCUGUUGCCUUUUUCUGGUGCUUCGAGGACGAGCAGGUUGUAUGUGCUCCCGAGGAGGUUGUGGGAGAAGGGAAUUCAAGGGUCUACAAGCCAUUUGCUUGUGGGGAUUAUGUCAAGUUCAGAGAGAAUAGUGAGAAGGGUAAGUUUGAGAAGGUUGGAUUUACUGUUAAACAUUUUGCAGGGACACAGAUGUGA